AUAACGCCCGAGGGGAGGAAGAGCGUCCUGGAGGUAGCACAUCGGAUGACACUGAAGUUCUACGAAGCGAUCUGUGGCCCGGGGACCCAGCCAUGGACAAGCGUCGAUGAGCGGCGUGGCAGCUGUGGCGUUGGCGCCGAGAGGUUUGAGGUGGAUGUGCGCGUGGUGACCUUCCCCGUGGGUACAGGUGCUACCGUGCUGAGAGCUACGACGACGGUAUGGCUCCCCGGGACACCGGCGCAGCAAGUGUUCAACUACCUCUGUGAUGGAGAUCGCCGAACCGAGUGGGACAUCGGCGCCAACCGUACCUCCACCAUUCGCCAGGAGGGCUGUUUUGGCACUGGACAACUCGACGGCAACUCCGUCUCUCUCCUGCGCACCAUUGCUUCCAACGGAGCAUACGGCAAGCUGAUCCUGCAAGAGUCAUGCAUCGACGCCUCAUGCAUGGUGUUGGCGUAUGCUCAAAUUGAUGACCAAACCAUUCAGGAUGUCAUCAACGGUACCAACACCUCCUUCUCCCUCCUGCCGUCUGGGGUGGUCGUGCUCCCUGAUGGCAACGCCGAGCCAGGAGCGCCUCCAACAUCUGCCAUGUGCUCCUCCAGCUCCUCCGCCAGUCACAGGAGCAACUCCGGAUCGCUCGUCUCGAUCAUGUACCAGACACUGCUGAGCGGCCAGCCACCGGAGCAUCUCUUCAAAGCUGUUGCCGAGAAUGUGGGGAAUCUGCUCUGUCAAGCCAUCGACAAGAUCAAAUCUGGCGUCCAUGCUAACGUCGUUUUAGCUGCUUGAUGCGUCGUCUACAAUUUGGGAUUAUGGGAACUUCUUGCCAUUAUUGCAGACUAUAUACAAUAAUGUGCACUGUUUAUUUCCUUGUUACCAUCGUACAUUGUCCCGUGCAGUUAUCGCGGAAACGACUUUUAUCAUCUUUAGUAAUUUAUUAAACAGACUUGGUUAUGCAUUAUCGUCUUGUUAUUUGUGAGAACACCAACUUACUGCUAAA